AUGGCUCCCGGCAGGACCGACGUGACAGUUGCUGAAAACGGCAACGGUCUUCACACCGCGCAUAAUAAUGGCGUUUCAAACGGAACGUCUAACGGAACAAACGGUACUUCGCACACCUCCGACGGUACAAAUGGCUCCGCAAAGACAGCAUUCAAUGGAGUCCAUUCUCAUGAGGAUGUCCCCAUUGCCAUCGUUGGUAUGGGACUGAGACUUCCCGGAGGCAUCGGCACCGAGGAAGACCUCUGGGACACUCUGAUCAAUAAGAAAGAUCAGAGACAACGCGUCCCAGCUGAUCGAUGGAACGUCGAUGCUUUCUAUAGUAAGACUAACAAGCGUGGAACAGUCAAGACUGAACACGGCUACUUCCUCGCCGACGAGGAUCUCCAGCAGUUUGACACAUCCUUCUUCUCCAUCACUCGAAACGAACUCGAGAAGCUUGACCCUCAGCAUCGUCUCCUUCUUGAAGUCACGCGAGAGUGUCUUGAGAAUGCGGGUGAGCUUGACUGGCGUGGCAAAGACAUUGGUUGUUACGUUGGUGUGUUUGGAGAAGAUUGGCUCGAUCUGCAUGCCAAGGAUAGCCAGGACUUUGGUAUCUACCGGAUCACAGGUGCUGGAGAUUUUGUGCUGGCCAACCGCAUCUCUUACGAGUACGACUUGAAGGGUCCUAGUAUCACUGUUAAGACAGCUUGCUCUUCCGCCCUCAUUUGUCUGCACAUGGCCUGCGAUGCUAUCCGCUCAGGUGAAAUCUCAUCCGCCAUCGUUGGCGGAGCAAAUUUGCUCAUGUCCCCAACCAUGACAAUCGCCAUGAGUGAACAGGGCGUCUUGUCUGGCGACGGAUCUUGCAAGACCUUUGAUGCCGCGGCUGACGGAUACGCGAGAGCUGAGGCCGUCAACGCCUUGUACAUCAAGAGACUUGACCAUGCUAUUCGCGAUGGAAAUCCUAUCCGAGGUAUCGUGAGGGGUACGGGGUCUAAUUGUGAUGGCAAGACUGCGGGUCUUUCUCAUCCUAGCCCCGAGAGUCAUGAGGCUCUCAUUCGUCGGACUUAUGAGCAAGCUGGCAUUGAUGACUUUUGUCAGACUGCCUUUGUGGAGUGCCAUGGCACUGGAACAGCUACUGGCGACCCCCUCGAGACAAGCGCCAUUGGCAACGUCUUUGGAGAGAAGGGAGUAUACAUCACAUCAGUUAAACCCAACGUGGGCCAUUCUGAAGGUGCAUCGGGUAUCACAUCGUGCAUCAAGGCUAUUCUGGCCAUGGAGAAGAAGACCAUCCCUCCGAACAUCAAGUUCAACAACCCCAACCCCCAAAUUCCUUUCAAAAAGGCCAAACUCCAAGUUCCCGUUGAGCCGACUCCGUGGCCGCAGGAUCGACAGGAGAGAGUGAGCAUCAACGCUUUUGGAAUUGGCGGGGCAAACGCUCAUGCCGUCAUUGAUUCCGCAGAGUCAUAUGGCGUCAACUCGAUGAGAGCCACCCGCUCCUCGGCAAAGCCAUCGCGACAGAGCUUGGUAGUCUUCUCUGCUAACCACAUGAACUCUGCCCGCAACGGAACGGCCAACCUCCAAGAGUACCUCACAAAGCACCCAGGCUCUGUCAAGGAUCUGGCUUACACGACUGGUGUUCGCCGAGAGCGCCUUCCUUACCGAUCCUUUGCGGUCUCUGAUGGAAGUGCGCCACUGGAGUUCACUGCGCCCAGCAGGACACCGGCCACAGCCCCUGAAGUUACCUUUGUCUUUACUGGCCAAGGAGCUCAGUGGGCCACCAUGAGUGUUAAACUCAUGGAGGAGUUUCCUUCUGUUGAAGAGGACUUUAAGAACCUUGAUAAGGCCCUUUCACAGCUCCCCUAUCCGCCGUCGUGGAGCAUCGCAGAUGAACUCUUAAAGCCGAAGGAGAAGACCAGGCUUGAUCAAGCCGAGUUUUCUCAGCCGCUUUGCACUGCCGUGCAAUUAGUCAUUGUCAAUCUUCUACGAGCCUGGAACAUCUCCCCCUCUAGAGUCAUCGGCCACUCUAGCGGUGAGCUUGCUGCAGCCUACACCAGCGGUGCUAUCACUGCCGAAGAGGCCAUCAUCGGAGCUUACUACCGUGGAUUGGUCACAAAGGAGCAAACUCGUCCUGGUGCCAUGGCCGCUGUUGGGUUCGGCCGAGAGGACGUUGCUUGCUUUUUGACCGAGGGCGUCACGAUCGCGUGCGAGAACAGUCCAGCGAGCACAACACUCUCUGGUGACGCUGACAAGAUCGAUGCUGUGAUUGCCAAGAUCAAAGAGAGCCAUCCUGAUGUCCUUGCUCGUCGACUCCGCGUCGAGAUGGCUUACCACUCUUACCACAUGGCAGAAGUGGGAGCUAAGUACCAGGAGCUCCUUGAACCCCACGUAUCGAGCGCCCGUCCCGAGGUUUCCUUCUACUCGACCGUGUUGGAAAAGGUCAUCACCGAGAAGAGUGCCAUGAACGCCUCAUACUGGCGCCGAAACAUGGAAUCCCCGGUCCUCUUCGACACCACCAUGGCCAAGCUCCUCGCAGAUGAGUCUGCCAACAAUCUUUUCCUCGAAAUUGGACCACACUCAGCUUUGGCAGGCCCUCUUCGCCAGAUCUUCAAGAAGCACCAGCCUGAUGCGCUUUAUGUGCCUACUCUGGUCAGAGGACAUAAUGACAUGACAAGCCUCCUUAGCACAGCAGGAAACCUGUUUGUCAAAGGACUCGCAGUCGAUAUUGGUGCCGUCGACGAUGGUGGAUCCAUCCUCACUGACCUCCCAACCUACCCCUGGCAUCACGAGGACACCUUCUGGGACGAAAGUCGACUGACUCGAGAGUGGAGGAAGCGCAAAUUCCCUCGUCACGACCUUCUCGGAUGCCAAGUCUUCGAGGGAAGCUCUCUGGAACCAAUCUGGAGAAACAUGCUCUGUCUCGAGGAUGUCCCGUGGAUUCGAGAUCAUGUCAUCGGCCCAGAUAUUGUGUUCCCGGGAGCAGGCUACAUCGCCAUGGCUGGAGAGGCUAUUCGGCAGGUCGCGGAUGCUGGAGACUACACUGUCCGCAACUUGUCAGUCAAGUCGGCGAUGAUCUUGCAUGAGCCGGUCACAACAGAGAUCCUCUUCUCGCUUCGCCCGCAUCGCUUGACCACGAGUCUGGACUCAACAUGGUACGAAUUCACCGUUUCGUCCCACAAUGGCACAGCCUGGACCAAGCACUGUACCGGUCAAGUCAAGGCUGGCAGGGCAGACUCGGAGUCCGUCUCAGAACCUCCCCAAGCCACCGCCCUUCCCCGAAAGGUAUCAAGCACGCGCUGGUACCAGACAAUGUCCAAGGUCGGCAUCAACUACGGGCCCACGUUCCAGGGUUUGGAAGACGUGUCUGCUCAUCCUGUCGACAACUUUGCCGUUGCCAAGGUCACCAACACCGUUGACCCGAACGAAUCGACUUACCAACUGCAUCCUACAACGACGGAUUAUGCGAUCCAGCUGUUCAGUGUCGCAGCUUGGAAGGGCCAGGCUCGUGACUUUGUCCAAAUGCCCCUGCCCGCCUACUUCGGAGAGGUUUACAUGAAGCGUCCUCAGACAAACGAGCAGCUGCAGCUGUCCUCGAAUGUGACCGUAACGGCUCGAGGCGCUGUCCAUGGAGACGGAUUCGCCACCGUUGGCGGUGAUGUUGUGCUCGAGUUCCGCAACCUCCGCCUUGCACCCGCUGCUGAUGACACUGGAGGUGAUGACCAGGAUCCCCACGCUGGAGUGCGUUUGCAGUGGAAGCCCGACAUUGCCUUCUUGGACUCCAAGGAUCUCAUCCGAACAACAAAGAGCAUCAGAUCGUGCCAUUCUACUGUCCAAAGACUUUUGCUGCUUUGCAGCAUCGAGUGCACGGAGCGCUUAGCAUUUUUGCCCCCAAGUGGAGUGGAACAUCUUGAGAAGUUCAAAACUUGGCUGGCUUCUCAUGUAGAACAAGCCAAGGCCGAAGGAUAUGAAGCAGUUGAUGGUGUCAACUCACUGUUCGCUCUCUCGAGGGAUGACAGACUAUCUUUGAUCGAAACGACGGCUCAAGAAGUCAAGGCCUCAUACGCGGAAGCUGUUGGAAACGCCAUCUGUCGCGUCUUCGAGAAUAUCGAGGGCAUUUUUACAGGCGAGGCGGAUGCACUGGAUCUUUUGAUGCAAGAUGACAUUUUGAGAAAGAUCUACGACCUUGUCAUCGAGUUCUGGGACUUCAAGGAUUUCCUCGGUCUCGUGAGCCAUGACAAGCCCAACCUGAAGGUCCUCGAGAUUGGAGCUGGUACCGGUGCCACCACGGCCCUCAUCCUCGACGGCCUCGUGUCUGAGUUGGGAGAGCAGAUGUUUUACUCUUACACCUACACCGACAUUUCUGCCGGCUUCUUUGUCCAAGCCAAAGAGCGGUUCAAGAACGUUCACAGCAUUGAGUACGCCGUGCUCGACAUCAGCCAAGACCCGGCCGAGCAAGGAUUCGAGCUUGGGUCCUACGAUCUCGUUAUUGCAACCAACGUUCUGCACGCCACACCAAGUCUCCAAGAGACCCUGGUCAAUGUUCUAAAGCUCCUCCAGCCAAAGGGAAAGCUGAUGCUACAGGAACUCUGCUCAAGCACAAAGUGGUUCAACUUCAUUGUAGGUGUACUUCCUGGCUGGUGGCUGGGCGAGCCCGAUGGCAGACCUGAAGAGCCCUACGUCAGCCCCGAACGAUGGGCCAGAGAGUUGACCCAAGCCGGCUUCGACGGCGCUGAGGCGGUCAUCUACGAUGAGGAAAAGCCGUAUCAUACCAACGCGACCAUCAUUGCCCAUCCUCUCGUUGAGCCCAAGGUCAACAAGAAGGUUUCCAUCCUCUCCACGGCACCAAACGGUCCUACUGCUACCCUCCUUGCUCAAAGCCUCGCCAGACAGAACUUCACGGUCGAUUUCUGCUCAUUGGAUGAUACUCCCAAGUCUGAUCACGACAUCAUCUCAGCCUUGGAUCUGGAGGGAAGACCAUUUCUGACUGAUAUCUCAGCUGACAAGUUCCACUCCCUGCAAACCUUCAUCACCAAGUUGGCAUCCUCUGGAAUGCUUUGGUUGACAAGGUCAGCGCAAAUGAACUCUUCAGAACCGGAAUAUGCCCAGAUUGUAGGUCUUGCUCGCUCGGUUCGCAACGAGCUGUCGAUCGAUCUCGCAACUGUGGAGAUGGACAACACGCAAGACGAGACCACAUUCUUCAGGGUUAUCGACAUUCUUUCCAAGUUCCAAAACCGCUCCAAGAACCUCGACAUUGAUCCCGAGUUUGAGUAUGCGAUUUCCAACGGUGUCAUCAACAUCUCCCGCUUCCACUGGAUCUCUGUGUCAAACGAGCUUGCUGCAGGCACAGAUUCCACCGCCCCAAAGACUCUUGAGAUUGGAAAGAGAGGCUCGCUCAAGACACUGCGGUGGGUUCAGAGACCAGAGAUCAAGUUGACUGGUGAUGAGGUGGCUGUUAAGGUCCGAGCCGCGGGCAUGAACUUCAAGGAUAUUCUCAUCUCCAUGGGUAUCGUGGAUGGCAACGUUGAUGACGGCAACGGCCUUGGCUGUGAAUGUGCUGGAGUCGUCACCCAAGUCGGUCCUGACGCUCCGUUCCACGUUGGAGAUCGAGUUGCAAUAAUCGGCGGGGACUCGUACUCCACGGUCCUUAAGACCACCUCUGCCUUGUGUGCCAGAAUCCCAGAUAACUUGAGCUUUGAGGACGCGGCCACAAUGCCGUGUGUUUACACGACAGUCAUUCACAGUCUUCUUGAUCUGGCUAGGAUCGAAAAAGAUCAGGCUGUUCUGAUUCAGUCCGCUUGUGGAGGUAUCGGAAUUGCAGCCAUUAACAUCUGCCGCAUGGUCGGCGCCAAGAUAUUCGCUACCGUCGGAAGCCAAGAGAAGAUCGACUACCUCAUGUCCACCUUUGGCAUCCCCCGGGACCACAUCUUCAACUCGCGCAACUCUUCCUUCCUUCCGGACGUUAUGCGUGAGACCAACGGUGUUGGCGUGGACGUGGUUCUCAACUCCCUGUCCGGAGAUCUUCUGCACGCGUCGUGGAAGUGCGUUGCAGAGUUUGGUAAGAUGGUUGAGAUUGGCAAACGUGACUUUAUCGGACAGGGUAAGCUGGCCAUGGAGGCUUUUGAGGCGAACAGGACGUUUUAUGGUGUCGACUUUGCUCCCAUUGCUGAGAAGCGGCCAUAUAUGAUCAAGAGGCUGUUGGAGAGGACGAUGGAGUUCUUCCGCCUCGGGGCUAUUCAACCCAUCCGGCCCAUCAAGUCCUUUGGCGCUACGCAAAUCGAGGACGCGCUUCGAUACAUGCAAAAGGGCCAGCACAUGGGAAAACUCGUCAUCCAGUUCCCAACCGAUCAUUCCCAGUUGACUUCUUCCCGCGGCAACAACCGACUUGUCCUCCGAUCAGACGCCUCUUACCUGCUGGUCGGCGGUCUAGGAGGGCUUGGUCGAUCCAUCUCAACAUGGAUGGUUGAGCACGGCGCGAGACACUUUAUCUACUUGUCACGCAGUGGAGGCAAGGGGCCAGAUGAUGCUGCAUUUGUGCAGGAGAUGGACGCUGCCGGCUGCACUGUUCAGAUCACGGCUGGCAGCGUCGCUAAUUUGGCAGACGUUCAACGCGCCAUCAACCAGGCAGAGUAUCCGAUUGCCGGAGUCCUGCAAAUGUCUAUGGUUCUGAGGGAUGCCUCGUUCCCCAGCAUGACACACGACGAAUGGCAGGCUGCCAAUCUGCCCAAGAUCAAGGGCACAUGGAACCUCCACAAAGCAUUCGCUUCGCAACCCCUAGACUUUUUCGUCCUGUUCAGUUCCUUCUCUGGUCUUCUUGGACACUGGGGACAAGCCAACUACGCUGCUGCCAACACGUUCCUGGAUGCAUUCGCUCAGUACCGCCACGGCUUAGGCCUCCCCGCAUCCGUGCUUGACAUUUCCAUCAUUGAGGAUGUCGGUUGGGUCAGUCAGGAGCCUGGGCAUCUUGAGCAGCUCAAGGCCACAGCUGCGUACUGCCUCAAGGAACAGCAUCUGCUUGACUCGCUCGAGCUGGCUAUCACCAAGUCAGCGCCGCAGACUUGGGAGCCCAAGUCCUCCAUGGACGGGUACAUGAACGCCAGUCAGAUUGGUCUCGGAAUGAGAAUGACGAUGCCCAUCGCCGCAGAUGCUAACCGAUGCAUCUGGAAGCGCGACAUCCGAAUGGGACUGUAUCGAAACCUCGACAACUCGGGUGUUGAUGAUGCAGGCACAGACAACGAGGGUCUCAGGGAGUUCCUAACGGGAGUGACUGCCAACCCAGAGUCUCUCAAAGAGUCAUCUUCCGCUUCAUUCCUAGCCAACGAGAUUGGCAAUACCUUAUUCAGCUUCCUAAUGCGACCCAUCGAGGAAUUGGAUGUGAAGCAGCCGCUGUCAGCCGUUGGCCUCGACUCUCUGGUCGCCAUCGAGCUGAGGAACUGGAGCAGGCAAAGACUUGGCGUAGAGCUGAGUGUGUUGGAGAUUCUAGGUGCGGCCUCUAUUGAGAAACUGGGUGAGGCAGCUGCCGAGGGAUUGCUUGUGAAGUUAGGUGGUGCGGCGACAAACGGGGAUGCGCAGUAG